CACACAACAGCUAAGAAACUACACAUUGUUGAUAUACUUCCACGUUCAAUGUUCAUAAAAGUUAUUAUUUUAUUAUUUUGUGCUAAAACUCUAAUGUUCUAUAGGACAUCUAGAUGCGUAAAACCUAACGAGGAGUUUUCUCUGUGCGGUUGGAGAUGCCCUGCCACUUGUGUUAAUUUAAGGUUGUUUGCGUCAGACAGGUGUCCAUCAAUAUGGGACUGCCGCGUCGGAUGCCGAUGUACAGCUGGCUUCGUGAGGGAUGAAUACUCUAAAGCAUGUGUUCUGGUGCAGGAUUGUCCAGAUACGCCCGUUUGCCCCCCGGGAGAGGUGAUGGGAACGAACCUGCAAUGCAUCAGACGGCGACAUCUCAUCAGCAUUAAUGAGUCACACAUGGACUAUUACAGUGUACCAUAACAUUAAAAGUUAUUUAAUAUUUAUUUUAAACAUUGAGGAGUUCUCCAAACCUGUUCGAGUUUGAAUAGGAGAGAAU